AUGCGAUGCCUCUUUAAUCCAAGUUUUGUUCAGAUCGACUUAUGGAUGACUAACAGUAGGCCGAAUCCUAUCCUCAAGGUCAUUCUUCUCGGCGAUUCAGGUGUUGGAAAGAGCUCGCUUAUCAACCGCUACGUCAAUGAAAAGUUUUCCGAGAAUAACAUGCAGACGAUCGGGGUCGAUUUAUUCACGAAAGUUGCGGAUGUAGAAGGCUCAAAAGUCACGCUGCAAAUAUGGGACACUGGCGGGCAAGAACGAUUCAGAGCGCUGAGAACGCCGUUUUACAGGGGUGCUGACUGCGCCGUUUUAGUUUAUUCAAAGGAUUCCCAGCAGAGCGUCGACAACCUGAGCCAUUGGCGCAGCGAGUUUGAAAAGCAUGCCGGAAGCGCGCCAAUACUAGUGGCGAUGAACAAGUCCGAAAUCGAAGGUGCUGCGCCAGAGGGAGGCUUUCAAAUUGCGGAAGACGAAGGAAUACAACACUUUAAAGUUUCGGCAAAAACGUCGGAAGGAGUCAAUCACCUUUUCGAAGCCGCUGCGCGAAUCGGCGUGCCAACUGCAGUAGAAAGACUCGAAGAAAGUUUGCAACAGUCGAACAUCGUGAGCAUACGAGCACAGCCUCAAUCCCGAAAGUCCUGCUGUUAG